GAAGUUGAUCGCAAAUAUAAACUGCGUUCAUCAUAACCACAAAAAAAAAAAUUUGAAGGUUGAUACCGUCUUCACACAUGCGAACACACUGUCAAACAACCAAACAUGUCUCGUAAUACAUUUGAUAUAAAGUCGCUUUUACUUUCAUUACAAUUGGUAUAAGAAUCGAUGAAUAAUUCAAGAGACCGAAUAAUUUGGCUAAAAAUGACACAAUAGGGAAGUGAAUAGCGUUACCCGCAAAAACGAAAAUAAAUUUUAUUUUUUGGUAUCAAAGCUGAGCUGUAGUUGGAAAAACCGAGAAAAUACGCAGCUACAAUGAAUACAACAACAGUGAAAAGCAUAAUUCGGUGUGGGUAUGCAUUGUGUUCGAAAGAUUUGUUUGCUCAUCCGAGCACCAGUCGCAUUUUGUACAAUUGCACAUCAGAGCGAAACUAUUGUGAACCAUGGCCGAUGCGAUCAAUUCAAAGAAUCACAUCACUACAGCCAUCGAUUGGCUUCAAACAAUGGAGUGUUAAUAGUAGCAUAGUCACCUUGGAUCAUUAUCAUCUGUAUCGAUACUUUUCCACAAGCUUACCUCACAACAGUCAAACUGCAUUGAAACCAAAAUCACCAGACCACAACAGCGAUGACGACAGAAAAGCGAAAAAAGAAACAACAAAAUCAAGCGCUGGCGGCAAAGUAGAAAAUAAAACCAAGGAUGGUGAAUUUGAGACUGAAGCAGCCGCCAACAAAACUGAAGAUGUUCCACUAGUCGAAGAGAAGCUUACAUUAACUGCAAAAUUCAAGAAGAUGUACAAAGAAUAUUGGUACGUUUUGCUGCCAGUGCAUGUAUUCACAUCUUGCUUUUGGUUUACUGGCUUCUACUAUCUAUCAACAAGCGGUGUAGAUAUACCAGCCUUAUUGGAAACCAUGCACGUCAGUGAAACAGUAGUCACAAAGCUGAGAGACUCUUCGCUGGGCCAUGCAGCAAUUGCAUACCUGUGUUACAAAAUCGCCACACCGCUUCGUUACACCGUUACACUUGGCGGCACAACUCUAUCGAUUAAAUAUCUAUCGCAGUGGGGAUACAUUCGACCAGUUCCAACUAAAGCCCAGUUAAAACAAUUGUAUGACGAUCAGAAGGCUAAAUUUCAACACAAAGAAUAGAACUUGGAUAGAAAACGAAAUUACUAGAUUGAAAGUUGUCAGAAUGAAAGGAAAACAAAUACCAAAUUCCUAUCACGUCGAAAUAAGUUCUUAUCAAAUGCUUUGGAUAUUGAAUAUGUUUGAGCAAUGCGCUUGAGAUUUUAUUUUUUUUCUGCAAUUCGAAUUCAAAAUUUACAAAUUGGGAAAUACUUUUUUUUUGUUGUGAUGAAGAGAAAAAUAAACCUUUAUUGUUAUGAAAA